AUGGGUCUCCAAUCAUUGAUACACCAGGCUAACCUCAGCUCCCGCCGGAACCUGUAUAUUGCUGUAACAUUGCCAGCCAUUGGCUUCCUGGCAGCCAAACUCAUCGUCAACCUCCUUUCAACUGCUUCAUUCACUGGAGUACCUACACGGGCGUCGAUCUACCAAGCACCACCUCAACGGCUUCUCGUAGAAGAGGACAACGUCCCAUAUCCAGCAGAUGCCCUUCCGGGAGGCCGCAAUGUCGACACACCUUAUGGUAACACCAGGGUGUACGAAUGGGGCCCCGAAGAUGGCCGUAGAGUGCUCUUCGUCCACGGCAUCAGCACGCCCUGCAUUGCUCUUGCGCGUAUGGCUCAUCAGCUUGUGAGGACAGGAUGUCGAGUAAUGCUAUUCGACUUGUACGGCAGAGGGUACUCGGACGCACCAGACCCAAAUGUGUACAGACAGGACAUCAACCUCUUCAGCUUACAGAUCCUCUCCGUGCUCGCUUCGUCAAAGCAGAAUUGGAUGAAAGGCUUCACAAUGGUCGGAUACAGUCUAGGUGGUGGCAUCGCUGCCGCAUUCACAUCGUACUACCCACAUUUGGUCGAAAGCCUGGUUCUGAUCGCACCUGGUGGCCUACUUCGACCGACACGUAUCAGCCUCAGCAGUAAAUUGCUUUACAGCGGUAUUCUACCAGAUCGACUGGUAAAUCACAUUGUCAAGUCCAAGUUGCAAGCUGGUGAAAACAGACCUAACGUUCCAAAGAUGAAAUCUGUGAAGAUCAAGCUUGACGUUGCCGAUGCGGCAGCAGAGGAACUUCCAGAUGAGAAUGCUGCCCACGCCGCGGACAGUUGCUCGCCAAUUUUCGAAGACAGGCCCACAGUGUCGCCGGCUACGGCUGUUGCAUGGCAGACCGAGGUACACAACGGCUUUAUACCAGCAUUUGUUUCCUCCAUUGAAUGGGCACCUAUCCACGACGGACAUGACCGUUGGCGGAUGAUUGCAGAGAGGUGCGAAUGCAGGCGCAAUAAUGCACAUGGAGACUCGAUACCGACAGGCCUGAAAGAAGGUAGGAUCUUGAUGAUACUAAGCACAAGCGAUGUCGUGGUCUCCAUUGAUGAGAUUGAAGACGAUGCCACGACAGCGCUUGGAUCGCAGAAUCUUCUCACGGUGAAGUUGCCUGGUGGACAUGACUUGCCCAUCACUAACAGCGAAGGCUGUGCUCGAGCAAUGCUGGACUUUUGGGCAAGUGCUGUGUGA